GCAGGUCCUGCGAAUGUAUGCAACGCUGGCAAGACCUCCUUCACAGGGCUUUGUGUUCCUCCCACUUGACAACCCACCUUCGCGAUCCUGUCAAUUAAAAACACAAACAAGAAAGGUGAGAAGCCAGAAUAGAUAACGCCGAUAGGAAGUGAAGAAAAAAUUGCGUGGAGCAGUAUAAGUUCUACCCUUUGGCCAUCACUUUCCUUUCUGCAUGUGCGACGGGUGUCGUCUCUUGGGUGUGUUCCGGGCAGUGUAAAUUGAUCGAAUGUUAGUGACGCGUGGCGUGGAACUGGUCCUGCGCUAGAACAGAACAAAAGCUAUGUCCUUUCAGCCUCCGGCGGAGCUGAAAAUGGGUGGAGAAAGUGCAAUGGAAAAAUUGCUGGAGGCCCAGCAGCAGCAGCUCGAUGACAUAACGAGCGAAUCCUCGUUCCUGGAGUUCCUGCGAAACGAGCAGAGCUGUCUCGCGGCGGUGGUCAUUUCCGGUGGCUGUGGCGGAAAUGCGAGCGCCCGUGAUGAGGGUGGUGCGAAUGGUGGCUCUCCCAGCGAGGUGGAGGUGGCUAGCAUUUUCGAGCAGGUCAGUCGCCUGGCCGGUAGUCCCGGAGGAGACAACCGAAGUGUGGAGGAAAUUUUGCGGGAAGCCGAACAGCUGAUACAGAAUCAGCCACUUUUUAGUGAGGUUGGCAAGUUUAAAACCAAUGGUACGGGGUUGGGGGAAGUGACGAAGGCGAUAGUUGGGAUGAGGGAUAUUUCGAGUGAGUCAACGCCAUCGGAAAUGAAGAGUGGAAUGUUGGAAGAACUGGAGGCAAUCGAGGCAAAGCGCGAGGAAGAGAACAACCAACAGCUGAACAAGGUUAAACUCCAGCACGCGGAAAGCUCUCCGCAACGGCACACGAUUCGACGGAAGAGCUUUGUCAUCAGCACCGGGGAGAAGGACGAAGAGCACGAUCGUCGCCCCCACUCCGAUCAAACUUACACUCUGCCGACACCGGUGGUGGCGGCGGUGACGCCGGUAGAAAUGCGUACCAAAAAAAUCGGUGGUUCACCCGGCGGUGGAAAAUCCCUAACUCCCAAAAAGCGGAACACGAACGCUAAACAGCAAUGCCCCCCGGCGGCGGUGGCUGACUGUGUCCAGCAGCAGCAACAACACGAAAAUAAAGAGAAUCACCAGCUGCUUAGCCAGUCUCAGAUCCGAGACCUGGAGGCAAUAUACGCUUUGACGCUGAAUGAGACACUGGUGGAACGGAAGAUUGCGUCACCGGAGCGUACAUUCUGUGACAAAUCUACCGCUCCGUCGCCAACUCAUUCCGCUCUCAAUGCUUCCGAUUCGCCCAGCUGGGCGAAGGAGCGAGAGCUGGAGGGAAGCAUCAAUCGGCUGCAGGAGAAACUGAAGGAUACCGAGGAACGAUACGAAAGUCUCAAGAUCCAGUACGAGACGCUCUCGCAGGUACAUCGGACGCUAAGGGAGAACCACAGCACGAUACAGGAGGACAGCGAUAAGCUGAAGCUGGAUGUACAGCAUCUAACCGAGUGUGCCAAUGUUUUAAGAUCGGAGUUGCAGUCGGCUCGCUUUGAUCGCGAUGCAGCGCUUGAGCUGCAAAAGCUGCUCCAAUCGGAACUGGAGGAGUCGCGCCGAGAGAAGAAGCGCUACCAGGAGUUGAACGAGAAGGAUACGAAAACAAUUCAGGACUUACAGCGACAGUGCCGCGAAAUGGAACGAAUACUAAUGCGGAAACACCCGGAUUCGGUGUCGGCAUUGAUAGUGGCCAGUCGGAACACCGGCAAUAGCAAACCCGCGGAGGACGCCUCGCAGACGCGUCGCCUGCUGGAGCAACGCAUCGCUCAGCUCGAGGCGGACGCGAAGGAGCAGGAUGCCAAAGCGCAAGGUAUUCUAGCUAACGUUCAAGCACGCUUCCAUUCGGUGCAGUCCAAGUACGAGACGCACAUCGCCGAUCUGGAGAUGCAGGUGCUCAGUUUGCAGGAGAUCAACUGCAAGCUGAAUGAGAAAAUCAUCCGACAAAUGGAUGAGCUCUCGAGCAUCACCAGCCAUGCGGCCUCCUCGCUUGCCAGAGUCAGCGCUCAGACUAGUAGCAGCGCCGCGCAAACCGACGAUCUUCUCCCCCUGCAGAAGGAGUGUAUUAAAACUCGCUCCAUUUCAGUGCAAACGGACAGCAAGCUGACUGGUUGCGGUGGCGUGGUGGGCCGUGCGCAGCAGCCGGGCGGCCAAAAGCGGGCUGCUUCCGCCUGUGGAAAGAUUCCCAAUUCGCUCUCGGACUCGCAAAUCCAGAGCCGAGAGGAUGCCCAUCUGCUGGCAACGAUCCGCGGAAUGCGUGUCGAUUUGGCUAUCAAGGAAAAGGCAGUGCAAAGGCUGACCCGAGAGGUGGAAGACUGCAAAAAGACCAUCAAGAAGCUACAGAAAGAGCGUGAGACACACUCGAAGGCGGAAGGAAAAACGGGUACCUCGGUUGUGAAGGUUAAAUCGUACGAUCCGGCACAGUUUGCCGAUAGUGCAGCUUCUGAUACCAAUGCCUUAAAGGAUGCUCACCUGAAGAUUAAACUGUUGGAGGCGGAUUAUAAAACUUUGCACGAUAAAAGGCUGCAGGAUCUCAAAACCCUUCAGGCAGCUCACGAGCGUGAGCUUGCCGCUUGCCACGAAACGGUUCGAAUCCUGCAGCAGCGAUUGGGCGAUCGGGAGGAACUCUUACACACCAAAGAGAAACGGCGGCCAAAUCAUAACAUCGACUAUUACGCCCUCAAGGCCAAGGUAACCUCGCUGGAACGACGCCACACCGAGCGGGAGCAGCGGUUGCACAUGCUGGUGGAGGCCCUCAGCAAGGGAGGUAAGUUAAAUGGCGUUCACAUCCGUGCCCUGUCGAUGGCUGGUAGUGGUGCUGCCGAUUCCAUUGCCACUGCCACUGCCACCAUCGGUGACGAAGAGAACCACAACCUAACGAAUGCCAUGGCGAACGGGCUCCAGCAGCAGCAGCAGCAGAAUGCCACCGUCGGAGGAAGCAUGUAAGGAUUCGUACCAUUUUAGCCGUCUUUUUAAAACCACGUUUCUCGGUUUCUCUAAAUCUCCCAGGAUAGAUCUUAAAGGAAACCAAUUCAAACAAAAAAAAGUUAAUGUGUGUUGGGUUCCUAUUAGCACCGACUAGCGAUUAAAUUCGGGAAGGUCCAUUUUUAGAAUGUUCUCCCUUAUCCUAGGAAUGUAGACAAAGAAACCGACUAAUUGUUACAAUUCUAAUGGUUCAAUUACGAGACAUUUUAACCACAUAUAGUAACACUAGAGCCCAACUAUUUUAAUCAUUGUAGCGUCCAUCUCAAAACGGUUCAUUUGUCGUUGUUUCUUUUCAAUCAGUAGCCAUUAGUUGUAGUUUCCAUUUCAAGUUUCACACAGUGAUUUCCAAGAGACUGCCAGGUACCAAAAACAAAAAAAACGUUUGAAUGAUGAGAUUAUAUCCGUUAAAAAGAGUGACAGGUAAAACCGUGUCUAGGAUUUAGAUCGAGGGGUGUAUCAAUUUCACCCCCUGAAAUGUAGAGCUGAAUGUGCGUGUGUUAGCAUUUAAUUGGCAGUCCCAGAUGGGGAGUCGCCCACAGUGAGUCCAGAGGUAGCGUCCGAACCUGCUGAAGCAGGUUCCCUAGUGUGUAAGAAGAGUGUCUAGCACUGUGUUUAGCCUUAGUCCGAAUCAUUCACAUUUUCAUUCUGUGUUAAUUUUGUUUCUUCUAAAUAACAGCCGCUAGGAUUAGUGAAAAAAAACAAUUUAGCCGUUUGAUCAAGAGAUAGAUCAUACCAAUAACUCAAUCGCAGCCGUUCCAUAAGUUGUUUGCAAGUUUCGUCAAUUCCAGCUUCCGUAGCUUUUCGACAGGGGUUUAGCCGGAAAGCCGAUGAUGAUAUUAGUCACUAUUAUUAUAGUAAGAGAGUAAGAAUUUAUUCGAGGGGGAAGCAGCGAGAUAAAAAGACAAUAGUUUUAGUCGAAAUUUGUUCUGUGUCGUAUACUCAUAAUGGUGUUCUCUCGUUUCGUUAGAACAGUUUUUUGGAUAGAUUUUGUGGUUCUGUUUUUGAGAAGCUCAGAAACAUACCGAAAGCAUCUUUAUCGAAAACAAUUUUUAGCUUGGCGUUGCCGGAGGAAAAGCAAUCCUUUCGCGAACCGGCGGAAGCGAACGGAGUAACUAUCGAAUACAAUAUUCAAUAAAUUGAUUGAAACACAA